GCGGGGGUUGGGUUUCCCGUCGGGCUAGUGCGCGCGGUGCAGCCUGGGAGCGCGAGUCUGGUUCCCGCCAUCUCGCGGUGGUGACGGUCUGCCCGGGCGGCGCGCGGGAGCGGUAUCCAUGGGAACGGGCAGCCCGGUUUGUUGGUGGAGUUGACGGCUGCUUGCAAGCCUGAUUUAAAUCCUUUGCACAAUGGCACUAAUGAAAGUGUUUGGCCAGAUCCGGAUCCACAGCAUCCAGACCGGCACCACAAAAUGGAGGGAGGGGAGCUUUGAAAUUGUCGAGAAGGACAAUAAAUCUUCUCUGAUCGUGAUCUUCAAAUCUGGAGGCCCUGCUAAAACAUUCCAGCUCAGCCAAAAUGUGAAGGUGGUGCAGAUCAGCCCCUCGAUGAAGCAGCACAGCCGGCUGCUGGUGACGUUGCAAGACAAGAGCAGCCUGAUUAUCGACAAGGCUCUGAGCACUGAUGCUCUGCUCCUGAAGGAAUACCUGGAGGAGCUCAGCUCUGGCGGGAUGAAGACCCGUCAAGGAUCCAGCAAUCUUGGAGGAAUGUUAGGAAACAGAGUUGUCUCAAAAGAAUCUCACCGUCAGCUCUCUAAUAUAGAGAAUCAGACGCCAGGGAGACGAGAUGAGACUCCAAACCGGAAAAGUAUGAGCAGUCCGGGCCGAUCAAACCUUCAGCAUGGACCUAAAGCUCUGCAGGCAAGCGGCGCCCCGGGCAACCGGCUGGGGCCAGCAUUUACGUCACCCUCUCAUGCUGUAUCCCGAGCGGUCAAGUCAGAGAACAGGAGUGAGAAAAGAAAGAGGAUGCUUUCCCCAGACUUGGAGCUGACUGAAGAUUAUCCUAAAGAGAAUGAUGCUUCCAGCAACAAUAAGGCAAGUGGAGACUCUGGUCGGAAAUUCUGCCGUGAAAAGCAGCUAAGCCUGAAGCAAGUUGAAGAGAACAGGAGUUCUGGUCUGAUGCCACUCCAGUCCUUCUAUGGAAGUCGAGCCUCUUCUAAGGAUUACUCCGCAGGAAACUCAUUCUUGGACAGGUCUGGCCUCUCGGGUCAAUUUUCCUCAGCAAAAAGAAACCUGGGACUUUUACCUCAGCCCGUACCCCAGUCGGUGAAGAAACUACGUCCAAAUCAAGAUUACAUGGGAUGGAAUAAACCACGGGUGCCCCAUCCAACCCAGCUCCCACAGCAGCUUCAAGGGUUUUCAAACCUUGGCAAUACCUGUUAUAUGAAUGCCAUCCUGCAGUCCCUGUUUUCUCUUCAGUCUCUCUCAAUGGAUCUUUUGAAGCAGGGAAUCCCCUGGAGGAAGAUCCCAGCAAAUACUCUACUGAAGCGGUUUGUCCAGCUCAUGGUGAAGAAGGAUAACUGUAGCCUGGAGGUAAAGAAGGAGUUGCUGAAGAAGGUGAAGAGUGCCAUAUCAGCCACUGCGGAGAGGUUCUCGGGAUACGUGCAGAACGAUGCCCAUGAGUUCUUGAGUCAGUGCCUGGACCAGCUGAAGGAGGACAUGGAGAAGCUGAACAAAACGUGGAAGAAUGAGCCAGUGGCAGCCGAUGAGAGUCCUGCGGCUCGAGUAUGCCAUGAGGCUGGUGCUGCCAGGGUCUAUGCCUGCCCAGUCAUUUGCAACGUGGAGUUUGAGGUCCUGCACACAAUCAGUUGCAAAAUGUGUUGUGAAAGUGUCACCAAGCGGGAGCAGUUCAAUGAUCUUUCCAUUGACCUCCCGCGGCGGAGAAAGCAGCUGCCCCCAAGAUCAAUCCAGGAUUCAAUAGACCUCUUCUUCAGGGCUGAAGAAAUCGAAUACUCCUGUGAGAAGUGCAAUGGGAAAAACGCAGUUGUGACCCACAAGUUCAGCAGGUUGCCCAGAGUCCUCAUCCUCCAUUUGAAACGGUACAGUUUUAACGUGCAGCUCUCUCUGAAUAACAAGCUUGGUCAACAGGUCAUCAUCCCCAAGUACCUGACUCUGGCCGCUCACUGCACUGAGACGACACGAGAGCCCUUUGCACUUGCCUGGAACGGACAAGGUCCAAUAUCACGGCCACUGAAAACCUCUCAGUCAGUGAAUUCUACAACUGCCCCAUUCACGUUGGGAAGGAAGUACUGUUUCAAGUCUUCGAUCGUGAUCCAAGACUCAGACAGUGAGGAUGAGCAGGUGAGGCGGGCCAUGGUGAUCAGCAGGCAGAUGAAUGAGCAAGCUCAGCGAGAGACACGGCAGGAGGAUGAAGAAAUGCAACUGGCUUUGAAAGCAAGCAAGCAGGAGAUAGAGCGCCUGCCCACCACAGCAGUGCUGGAUUCCUCCUUUGACAAGAUGAGUGACGACGAGUUGUUGGCUGCCGUGCUGGAGAUCAGCAAGCAGGAAACCUCUCUAUCCCUCAGUGCAGAGGAGGAUCAGGAGAAGCCCAGCAGUAGCCCUGACACCGGCUUCGGGGAUGACGAAGCUCAAGAACUCUUGGAACAGCACGAAGGGACAGCAACAGAUGAAUCCAGAAAUCCCACUGACACAGGAACCGACACCACUGAAGCCAUAAAGGACUUUGAUGAGAAUAAGGAGAAUAAGACUCCGAAGGCUCCGAAGGGUUCUCAGGGUGAGAUGGACUGGAUACAGCAGUAUGAUCUAGACAGAGAGCGGGAAGAACAGGAGCUGCAGCAGGCUCUGGCCCAGAGUCUCCAGGAACAGGAGGCUCGGGAGAUGAAAGAAGAUGACGACCUGAAACGAGCCACGGAGUUGAGUAUCCAAGAGUUCAAUAACUCAUUUGGAGAUCUCAUGGGCUCGGAUGAAGACUCUGGCAAUGAAGAAAUUCUGGACAUGGAUUACAGUGAAGCUGAAGCUGCGGAAUUGAAGAGGAAUGCUGAGACUGGUGAGCUCGUCCACUCCUAUAGAUUGAUCAGUGUUGUCAGUCACAUCGGCAGCUCCUCUUCCUCUGGUCACUACAUCAGUGAUGUGUUCGACAUAAAGAAGCAAACCUGGCUGACUUACAAUGAUCUGGAGGUGUCCCGGACAGUGGAGGGAACAGUCCAGGCAGACCGAGACAAGAGUGGCUACAUAUUCUUCUACAUGCACAAGGAGAUACUGGAGGAGCUGGUGGAGACAGAGAAGAGUCAACAGCCAACGGGUCUGGACUGCAGCAGACCAGUGCUACAACCUCUGUGACAGACAGUGGCAAGUUAAUCAAACCAGGGACUGAAUAUCGUUUACAGCUAGUCCUAGGGGGAAAAAUACCUCUCAAGAUAGUGAUAGAUCUCUGGUCAGGGUGCUGACCCUUGUGGUCAUUCCAAGCCAGGGAAAGGUGCUGGAGUUCAACACGGUGUGUUGGGCUCACUCCUCUAGGCAACUUGCACCAGACUUUUUCCUAUGAAUCCUGGUCUGGUACUGGUGUCAAUCUGUCUCUAAUUCCAAAGAUUCCCACGGAAUUCAAGAUGGAAUCCUACCAUGAGGCUGUUUGGACAUGAGAGUUUUUUAUGUUUCUUUUUAAAAGAAAAAUAUAUAAUAUAUCAAACUAAAAUUGCUCUUGCAAUGAGGUUUUGGUGGUCCUGGUUCAUAGCCUCACGUGGUUGCUUUAAGCUUACUGGAGCUCCCCAAGGCAUUCAAACCGUAGUGCUGAAGCAAGGUUUAGACUUCAUUUUGUAUUGUUGAGUUGUGAUAUGUAAAGGGUUCUUUUUGAAGGCUGUAGCAUUAAUUCUGUAUUAACAUGUUUCCAAUGGGGUGUCAUGUUUUUUUUUUCUUUGGGAGUAUGGAAGACUUUUGAAUCUUGGCUUUUCUUGUCCAACCUGACCAGUUGCUGUGGCUGCCUGUUCUUUCAGAGCCUUGAACUAACCCCCACACCCACCCUCCC